AUGGGAAUGUCACCCUGUCACACUUUAGCAGCUGUGCACCCUUUGUCAGUGGAUCGUUCCUCUCAGGAUACUUUAGAAAUGUGCAGUAAAGAAUCGGAGUUCAAAUGCAUCUUGUUUGCACUCUGUUAUUUCCAUGCUGUUGUGGCUGAGAGGCGCAAGUUUGGAGCACAGGGCUGGAACAGAAGCUAUCCUUUUAAUAAUGGAGACCUCACAAUAUCUGUCAGUGUACUCUACAAUUACCUAGAAGCCAAUUCUAAGGUUCCCUGGGAUGACCUUCGGUACCUGUUUGGUGAGAUUAUGUAUGGAGGGCACAUCACAGAUGACUGGGACCGGAGGCUAUGUAAGACAUAUUUAAUGGAAUACAUUCGGCCAGAAAUGUUAGAAGGGGAGCUGCACUUGGCUCCAGGUUUCUUAAUUCCAUCCAGCUUAGAUUACAAAGGAUAUCAAGAAUACAUUGAUCAGAUGCUACCUCCAGAAAGUCCAUACCUGUAUGGGCUGCAUCCAAAUGCUGAGAUUGGAUUCUUAACUGUAACAUCAGAAAAAUUGUUUCGUACAGUACUGGAAAUGCAGCCCAAGGAGUCAGACUCAGGUGCAGGGAGUGGAGUUUCCAGAGAAGAGAAGGUGAAAAGCAGCCUAGAUGAGAUUUUGGAAAAACUGCCAGAAAUGUUUAAUAUGCAGGAACUCAUGUCUAAAGUGGAAGAAAGGACACCAUAUAUUCUGAUAGCCUUUCAGGAGUGUGAAAGAAUGAAUAUACUUACUCAAGAAAUACGACGUUCUCUAAAAGAAUUAGACUUGGGUCUGAAGGGAGAACUCACUAUUACAUCAGCAAUGGAAGACCUUUUCAAUUCUAUUUUUUUUGACAAUGUACCUGAAUCGUGGGUAAAACGUGCUUACCCAUCUCUCCAAGGCUUAGGAGCAUGGUUUGCCGACCUGCUGCUUCGAAUUAGGGAACUGGAAGCAUGGGCAGCAGAUUUGUCAUUGCCUAGUGCAGUUUGGUUAGCAGGAUUCUUCAACCCACAGUCCUUCCUCACUGCAAUCAUGCAGUCUAUGGCUAGGAAGAAUGAAUGGCCCCUUGAUAAGAUGUGUUUAGCAGUGGAAGUAACAAAGAAGUGUCGAGAGGAUAUGACAAGCCCUCCCAGGGAAGGAGCAUAUGUCCAUGGACUGUACAUGGAAGGUGCUCGCUGGGACAUGCAGACUGGAUCCAUUGCAGAUGCUCGUCUAAAAGAAUUAACUCCUCCCAUGCCUGUCAUCUUCAUCAAAGCCAUACCUGUGGACCGGCAAGAAACCAAAAACAUUUAUGAAUGUCCAGUUUUCAAAACUCGUAUUCGAGGUCCCACCUACGUCUGGACAUUCAACCUGAAAACAAAAGAAAAGCCAUCUAAGUGGAUUCUAGCAGCUGUUGCUCUACUAUUACAGAUUUGAAGACAAGGGAAAACUAUUUUAACAGAAAAUGAAACUUCCAAAGUUGACCAGGAGCUACAAAAUUAAUUGAAAUGUGUGAUUAAAGACAUCAAUGCUGUCAUACAAAAGUGAAAAAAAAAAACCUUGAGCAGAUGUAGCCAUAGUUCCUAAACAGUUUAAAAAAAUAUUCCAGAAAAAAACACUCAGAUAACUGUGACACAUGGAACAGCAUAUUUUGGUUGCUUACACCUAAAUAAAAUGUUACAUCAAACUCA